CAUGGUGGUGUGGUGCUAAGAAGAGGGUGUUCUCUGUUGCAGGGGGCGAUAACCAACGACGUGCCCCUGACGUGCCACGUGUGCAACAAGGCAUUCUCUGGCAGAAACAAGAGGCAGCACCUUUCCACCCAUCUCAACAUUCAUACGGGCGAGAAGCCCUUCCACUGCCCCUUCUGUCCCCACAGGGCCAACCGCAAGGAUAACCUCAAGACUCAUAUGAAACUGAGGCACCUGGAGGAACUUCCAGGAAAUAUAGGUGGGGAGAUAAUGAGGCGAUUCCAAGACUCAUCCCAUGCUUCGGGGCACACGUAAAUGGCCGCAGACUUGUGUAACUUCCCGAGGCCGGAGGAGUCUGUGUAGCCUCCCUUCUGUCUGUUCUAUUGCUAUCCAAAUGCAUCAAGAGGAACUUGAUAUCCUGAGGGGUGGAUGUAUUCUCUUUCCAGACCAUGCGUCCGCCCUUGAUGUGUCCUGUGUGCCGUAAGGUCUUCCAGGGCAGGAACCGCCGCCAACACCUGAGUCACCACAUCAAGACACAUACGGGCGAGAAGCCACACAUGUGUCCCUUCUGCGCCCACAGAACCAGUCGCAGAGACCAUUUACGAGAACAUAUAAGAAGCAUUCAUGGGGUGGAUGUGGCCCUCUCCACCAUGUCUCAGUAAAUAAUUGUGAUGGUGGCCAGUACACAUGGAGGCACCCAUAAAUAAAAGCACGCAGGAGUAGGCUUACUCUCAAAAAAGGAGGACAUAAUCCAGGGCCUUAUUGUACGUAUAGACAGCCAGCGAGAGUGGAUAAUGACUACCUGGAUGGAGGGCAUGUCACUGAGAGCACGGUGUUUUGUCUUUUCAGGGCAGGCAUGACAUCCCAGUGGGCAUGUCGCUCGGCACAAAGGUCCCCAAAGUAUGCCCAGUAUGCGGCAAGUUGUUCAACGGGCGCAACAAGCAGCAGCACCUUCACUACCACAUGAUGACACAUACAGGAGAGAAGCCCUUUCACUGCCCUCACUGCCCCCACCGUGCGAACCGCCUCAGUAACUUGAAGAUCCACAUCAAAACAAAGCAUGGGACUCCAAACUAAACCAAAUAUAAAACAACAACUUUUUGAAAUGCUGGAAAUUACUUAAGUUUAAACACAGUUUUGUUCUUGUUUCAAAAGGAGGAAGAAAAAAAGAGAAUAAGAAAAAGUAACUUUUCUCAGUUGUGCAGUUGACAGGAUUCUGAGUAGUUGAAAGGGAAGGUUUAGUGUAACAUUACUUUUGCAUCAAGUGCUUGUUUAACAACUUGUGUCCUCUGGAUAACAGUGGAAGAUUCUUAUGAUCUCAACAAUAGACUAAAAAUAAUAAUGAUUUGUGCUACUCAUUCAUUUCCCGCGCUUUCUGACUGUCAUUUCAGUGUCUCUUUUGUCAUUCUUGUUAUCUUGUGCUGUUUCACCAUUAUUCUGGUUCAUUCAUAUUUAAUUCAUAAAAAUCAUGCCCACUUAAGUCUCACUAAGACAAGCACACACUGAUCCACCCACAAACACUCCAUACACAACUCCCUAUCUUCUCUACCUCUCCCUGUCUGUCUCUUCUUCCUCCCCUCCACCCCCCUCCCUCUCCUUCCCUGCACAGUCUCUCCCCCUUCCUCUACCCAUCAUCCUUCUUCUUCUUCUCCUUCUUCUCCU